GACCGAGACGAUUCGUACGUAAUUACGUAUCGAGUGACAACUGUGAUGUUUUCAGAAGCUGACGUGUACUAGCAAAGAGUUGUGUAGUUCUAACACAGUCAUUCGGUUCAGUCACGAUUAAAUUCAUCCAAAGAGAAAAUUUUCAUCAAAAUGCUUAAAUUAGGUUUCUUACUAUUUUUAAGCAUUUUUGUGCUGGGAGAUGCUCUCCGAGCCAUCGACAAUCAUUUGACCAGCGAAGAUAAUGCACGCCUGCAACAAGUAUUCGUAGAUGGCAUCAAAUCAAAUGAUUUACAGGCAAUUUACUUCAGCGCACUCAAUCUCAAGGAUUUAUCAGCUGGCGAAAAAAAUGCAGCUUGUCAACGACUUGCCAAUUUGUACACCGAAUCCAAAUUGAAUGAAUUUGAGAAGAAUUUCUAUUUGGUCGGUGCUAACAAACUUCUAUCGUGCUCAAGUCCAGUACCAUCCGACGUUUUGUCAGCCAUCAAAUCGUCACUCGCAAAGGAUACAACAACAGCACAUGAACUCUAUUACAAUUACUUUUCGAACAAGUACGCUGGAAAUGCUAUCGAUGAUGCGACCAAAACACGCAUUGCCGCCAAUUUGCAAACCAUUUUGAAGGCCGAUGAUUCAUUGAGCAACCUUGGUCAUGCAUUCAGCAUCGCUGCUGAAUUGGGCACCAAAGCAUCGGCACUUUCAAAAUGGAUCGAAGGAACCAUUGCACAAGCUGAUGAAAUCAAUGGCAAGCAAUUGCAAUUCGAAGGUGGUUUGAGCAUUACGGCAUUGAUUAUCAACGGAGUUUUGAAGUUUUCGAAAACUGUGAACGCUGCGGCUCCAUUGACCGAAGACCAACUGAACAAAUUCAUCACAUAUUUCUUGUCACGUAGCGUUGUUCUGCAACCAAAAGGUGCAUCGUUCUUGCUUGAAGUGUUGGAAACCAUUGCCUCAGACAAGAAAUCGGCUCCGAUUGGAAUUUCAUUCAUUGGAAACGGUCAAGUGUUCCCAGAGACUCAAGAAUUGAAUCUUCGUAUCGUUGAUAUUUUGGGCAAGCCAGUUCAACCAGCCAUCUCAUCGAUUUCUGCAUCGAUUACAUCGAAAGCCGACAACUCAGUAUUGGGAUCAAAUCUUGCAUUCACAUCACGUAGCUCAGAUCACACUACCUACAGCUUGAGUUUGAAAUCAUUGAAAUUCAGCCAAGGAUCGUAUGCUGUUGAUAUUAAGGCCGAUUCGUACACUCAAACAUUGGUGUUCAAGGUGUUGACACAAGUGAAAGUGGCCAGUCUUGAGAUCGGCAUCGGUGAAUCCGACAGCGCUUCGGCUCUUCAGAAACACACUGUUGCUUAUCCACAGAAACUUGAUGUUGUUUUGAAUGCCGACCAACAACAGAAGAUUCUCGUCAAAGCAUUGCUGGUCGAUGAAGUCACAAAAAGCCCAAUUACUGUGCAUCAAGCCUUUGUUCUGUUUGAAGAUGACAAAAAAUCACGCGAAGUCAUCUUUGUUGCUGAACAAGACUCGUCAAAGGCAUACAAAUUCGAUUUGGAUGUUGGCGCCCGUGCUGUUUACUUCCAACACAAAUCAGGCGUGUACUCAUUGGAAUUGAUCGUUGGCGAUUCUUCUAUUUCAAACUCAUUCCGAUGGCACUUGGCUGACAUCGAAUUGAAAUUCCACGAAGUUAAAGAACAAACUGCCUCAAACGUUAACCAAUCGCGAACACCAAAAGCAGAGAUCAUCCAUCAGUUCCGUGAACCGGAAAAGCGUCCACCACGUUUCGUCUCCGAUGUUUUCACCGUACUUUGUGCCGUUCCACUGUUGGUAUUGCUCAUUUUAUGGGCCAAACUGGGUAUCAACUUGUCAAACUUCUCGUUCAGCUUGAGCGGAAUCGGAUUUUUUGCCAGUUUUGGCAGCAUUCUCACAUUGUUCGCUCUGUUCUGGUUGAAAUUGAACAUGUUCGAUACUUUGCGCUACCUAAUCCCAUUGGCGAUUGUCACAUUCUUCUUCGGGAACCGAUUCCUACGAUCGAUCGCACGAAAACAAGUCGAGCACAAAAAAACCGAAUAGAAAAUUACAUCAAUUUUUUUUUGAUGUGAUUUGAGAGAAAUUUCGUUCAUUUAACAAAUAACACGUUCACACCAUGUCAAAGUGAUCAGAUUCAGCUGAAUCAACAAUACACUGACUUCUUCAUCAAAUCUUAACUUAUAAGACAUUUAAUUCUGUGUGUUUUUUUUUGCUAUGAACGUGUUAUUUCAUCGAAAUAAAAGGAGAAAGAAGAAAAAAUAAAAAAAUGAAAAACUGGAGUCAACACCAAAAUUACACAACUCAUUACUAAAUGUCGUUUGAGGACGACCGAAUAAGUGCAUUUUGCUGAACCGAUUUGAUAAGUAACAUUGAAAGAGACUAAAUAAAAAAAGUAAAAACAAAACCAUUUUCUGUGCUUAGUUUAACGCUUCAGUUUCAAUCAAAUUUUCUUUUUUAAGUAUCUUGAAUUUGCAGUAAAACAACUGUUAAGUCAUUUUCAGGAAGUGUGCAUAAAGUAGAUUUAUUUAGAUACUUUACAACAUAGGAACACGGAACAUAUUAAACAUUCACACACAAAAACAAA